AUGGCUUCCAAGUUGACGCUCGACUCGAAGCUCAAGCUGUCCGACGGGACACUCAUCCCGCGUCUCGGGCUGGGCGUGUAUGAGAUGUCCAACGAGCAAGCCACCCGAGCCGUCACUUGGGCGCUCGAGGCUGGUUAUCGCCAUUUUGACUGCGCGGAGUGGUACUACAAUGAAGCGGCCGUCGGACGGGCCAUCAACGCCUAUCUCUCGAGUCCCUCUUGCACGAUCAAAAGAGAGGACGUAUUCUACUGCUCAAAGCUCCAGAACAACGCCGGCUACUCUGCCACCCAACGCAGCAUCAACGCGAGCCUUCAGAAAUGUGGACUCGAGUACAUCGAUUUGUACCUCAUCCACAGUCCGUACGGCGGCAAGAAGCGGAGGCUCGAGAGCUGGAAGGCCAUCGAGGAGGCCAAAGACCAAGGCCUGAUCAAAAGCGUCGGCGUCAGCAACUACGGUCAGCGUCACAUCGAGGAGCUUCUCGCCUCGUCACCGAAACACAGACCGACGGUGAACCAGUGCGACCUGCAUCCUUUCAUGGCCCGAGCCGAGCUCGUCGAGUAUUGUCGCGGUGAAGGUAUUGAGAUGGAGUGCUGGGGACCGCUAGUCAGGGGCGAACGGUUCGACCAUCCAGUUUUGCAAAAGAUCGCCAAGAAACACGGAAAGACUCCGGCUCAGGUGUUGGUCAGAUGGUCGCUCCAGCGAGGCUACGUGACCAUCCCAAAGAGCGUCAGCAAGGACAGGAUCAAGGAGAACGCAGACGUGUAUGAUUUCGAACUCGAUGACAAGGAGGUGGAGGAGCUGCUGAAGCUCGACGAGUACCUCGUCACCGAUUGGGAUCCUAUUGGCGACUCGUCCGUCUGA